AUGAAGGCUGGAAACGGCGCGAUCGGAGGCGGUGAGAGAUGCGGGACCCGCGGCGCUCCGCGACGCCCCCUGGCGGCCAGCUCGGCCAGCUCACCCUGCUCAGCCUGCUCACCGCCGCACUGUGCCACGUUUUAUCCUCUUCAGAAAAACCGAACAGGUGCUCAGUGGACAUAUACAGGACCGGAUGGAGUUCACUACUGGCACAAGCAGUACCCCUACUGUGGUGGUGUGUUCCAGUCCCCAAUUGACCUUCAGACACAACUGCUGAAGUAUGAUCCAACCAUGGCACCCAUUGGCGUUUGGAACUACAAUCUUUCUGGCCAGGAACAGCUAACCCUGGGAAACAAUGGGCAUGCAGUGAAGCUGUCUCUGCCCGCCAGGAUGUACAUCUCCGGCCUGCCGCACCGGUACUCUGCGGCCCAGCUCCACUUCCACUGGGGCUCCCCCACCCUGGCCGCUGGCUCUGAGCACACUGUCAAUGGCAAGCGGUUUGCUGCAGAGAUGCACAUUGUGCAUUUCAACUCGGACAAAUACGCAAACAUCUCCGUGGCAGCAGACAAGUCGGACGGGUUGGCGGUGCUAGCAGUUCUAAUUGAGGUUGGCGAGUUCAAUCCAGCCUUCGACCACUUCUUGAAAUUCAUCAAUGGUGUCAAAUACAAGGAUCAGAGAGUGCAGAUUCCAGCUUUUAAUGUUCGCAGUCUUCUGCCUGCCCGACUGGAUGAGUACUACCGUUAUGAUGGCUCUCUGACCACACCUCCUUGCUAUCCCAGUGUGUUGUGGACAGUAUUCAGGAGCCCAGUCACCAUGUCCCACAGACAGUUCUCGAUGCUGUCGACUGCUCUGUACUCCUCGAGCGCACAAGAGUCUGCCUCCAUGCCUCUCAAUGGAAAUUACAGGACUCUGCAGAAACCAGACCAAAGGACCAUACUGGUAUCUUUCCUGGAUGGAAGAGGAACGCACGGGUCGGUUACAGAGCCGCCUCCUUUCAUAAGGAGACGGCUCAUUCAGCAGUUGCUGUCUGGGGACCUUGGAGAUCUGGCUGAUGAAGGGAUAUCCCAGCUGCUGCCCAAAUUCGGCCGCAAACUUGGAGUCAGCAAGAAGCUGGCCAACCGCAAGAACCAAAACAGCUUGAAUGAGAACUUUCCCAUGCAGAACACUUUUGUCCCCAUCCUCUCAAAGCAUUCCCAAACCACAAGCAAUGUGAACCAGUAUGGAUUUUAUGAGGAAAGCUUGUGCUAUGUCUCUAUAGAGGAGGAAGUCAUUCGCCAGCUCAAGAGAUCUCAUUCGGGGAACCAGUUAGUGGAUGCCCUCAAGGACACAGUCUUCCCAGAGCUGAAUCUGAGGAGCUACCUGGACUGCAGAUCUGACCUGGCUUUGCCCACCAUCAGGCAUCUUCUCCACAGACGUCCAGCAGAAGACACAGAGGAAUUGGAAAACUCACUGAUGAAGGCUGCCCAGGGCCCAAGGAAGAGCCCCUCCAAACAACAGAUGGACCUGGCCCUUGGAAAACAAGCUGCAGUCCAGAGAAAGCCCAGCAAAGCACGAGUGCACCGUUUGCCCAAGGGAGUGGAAUGGGAAGACUAGAGUCCGGCUUGGACCACACCACACGUGUCCUCAGAUACGACAAGUCCGUUCAUUCCUCUGUGACGCAGGCAGAAUGAGUGACAGCGCGACACACUGAAUAGGCUUCUAGGUUUAUUGCAUAUUUCCUCAAAACUGUAGACUGCUUCAUAUUCAGAAAUAUUUUAUGUCUCUCAGCUGAAAGAAAUACAUCAUUGAUUAAAUAAGACUUGUAUUAAAUUGUUGCAAGAGUUGCAAAAGCACAUGAUCAUGAAUAUGUGCAUGACUGAGGUUUCCUUCAGUAAAAAGAGACCAAAAAUGGAGGAACAUGAAAUUCACAGAAAAUUGGUAGUGAAUAUUAGUGUUGUUAAGCAUUGGAUGCAAACUGUGGCCAACUGUGAUUCUGGAAAGCAUGACAAUACAAUAGCAUUUUUUAAACUCUAUUCAAGUAAAUUGGAUUACUGUUACAUGGACAGCUUGAAAUGUUAGACUACCAGGGUAGACUUACCAGAGUAAAUGUGUUACCUUGAGGAAUACUUUGCCAUGUUCUACGUUACCCUCUGUUCUUCUUUACCGAGGAGUUAAAAUGACUCUAAACCUUGGAAAAAUAAGGCAGCCGUAAGAACUCUAAAUCUACUUCUGUGAUCAAAACAACAUGUUCUCACGUGAACCACUGGAACCAAAGAAACAAGUCCUACCACCUGCAAGAAAUAUGAUUUGUCUUUAACACACUGCAAUCAGAAAUUUAAAACAAAAACAAUCCCCAAAAUCAAUACCUGUAGCAAAAACCAGUUUCAUCCAAGUGUUAUGGGGCAUCAUCAGUUACCUUUCCCUGUAAUUUAUCUCCAUUAACUCACUUGGUAUUUUACCUUUGAGCCAAUUAUAAAGUUCUAAUGCUUAUUACUAAUUACUCAGUUUUAA